AUGGCGCAACAAGACAUCGAAAACAUUGCCACAGCCUUCCAAACGUUAGCGACUGCGAUCCCUAAUCUUGCAAACUCACCUAUUGUAAACAUCUCACAACAAUUAGAUCAAAUAACACAACAAUUAAAUCAAUUAACCCGAAAC